UCUGCAAUUCUGAAACUGUCAGCAGGGACCACUUUAAAGCAGUGCUGCAUAUAUUCUGUUACGGCGCUUUCGUUGUAUAUCUCGCUACGGGAACUUGUAAAGAAUUCCACCACAGUUACGUCAACGAUUCAGAUAAGAAGAGUUGUUGGAAAUUGCUGUUUAAAGACGGACCGAGGGAGCACACAGCGGUAAAAGCGGAAUGGCUCUCUGGUUGGGAACUGCGACACUCGUGGUGCUUUUGCAAGUCCACAACAGCAGGCUACAGCAAGACUACGAGAAUGACAGCUACGACAAGACGGUGGCUGCGAUCGAGAAGUGCGGCUUCGCAGGCGAGCGGCACGAGGUGACGAGCAGGGACGGCUACUCCACCGUUGUGUUCCGCAUGCGGCAGGGCGGCGACGGCCCCGGGGGGCAGCCGGUGCUGCUGCAGCACGGCUUCCUGUCCAGCAGCGACUCCUGGUUCCAGCUGGAGGCCAACUCCUUGCCUUGCCUGCUGGCCGCCGACGGUUACGACGUGUGGCUGUCCAACGCUCGAGGCAACACCUACUCCAGGGCCCACAGGACACUCAGCUCAGAAACCAUACGGUUCUGGAUGUUCAGCUUUCACGAGAUGGCCGUUUACGACACUGCAGCGACAAUCGACUACAUCCUCUCACUCAGCCAGACGGGCCAGGUGUCCUACGUGGGGCACUCCAUGGGCGGAACCUUGAUCUUCGUGCUGCUGUCUAUGCGACCAGAGUACAACAGGAAGGUCGACGUGGCGGUGUCGUUCGCACCUGUCUGCUUCAUGGGCCACACAACCAGUCACCUCCUGAAGUUGCUGGCGUACACUGCUCCUUACUUCGAGAAGCCACUGAACUGGCUAACCAACGGCGAGAUCCCUCCGUACCCAGAUCCCCAGGGAUCGAGUACUGACAGUUUCAACUUCCAGAUAGGGGCUGCCUUGGGCGAAGUUUUCGAUUUUGAAAGGAUGCUGCAGCGUGAAAUGAUGAUGGACAGCGAACCAUCCGAAUUUCUCACCGACGGGAGUUCACUGAGGACCGCAUUACAUCUGGCUCAGCUGAUAACUCGUGGAAACUUUUCGAGGUACGACUUCGGGAAGAGAAACACACAUGAAUACAAACAACAGACACCACCUGACUACAACCUGCGAAGGAUCACCGCACCGCAGAUUAUCAUGUACGGCGACGCAGACUAUUUGGUAGUGGGAAAGGAUGUAAAACGCCUCUGCUCAGAGCUGCGUGACAGAGUGGGAGUGUGUCACAAAGUUAAUAAGACAGGAUUUAGCCACGCCGAUUUCUUGAGCAGUGACGACGCCCGGAAAUACGUGUACAACGUUUUGCUUGGAGCCCUUGACCGUGAACAAGAUCAACCACGAGCCUCAGCAGACGUAGACGGACCUGAAACAGCACCAGAGGCCGAAAUGGUUACGAGCUUAUCAAAGCGAGGAGCUGCAACUUCACUAGUACGGGGAAGGGGGACAGUUUCACCAGUGCGAGGUAGGACUGCAAACACAGCAAUGCGAUUUCGUGCUCCAACAUCACCAGAACGACAUUUGUCUGCAGUCUCACCAGUACGAGGAAUAGCUGUGACGCCACCAGAGCAUGAAGAGGCUGCUAGCUCACCAGGGGAAGAAAUGGCUGUCGUGUCACCAGAGUGGGAAAUGGGUGAAACUUCACCACAGGAGGAAAUGGUUGUGAUCUCAUCAGAGCAAGGAACUAGAACUUCGCUUGCGCGAGGAAGAACGAUAAUUUCACCAGGACGUGGAAGGACUAUGCGAUGCAAGACUGCAACAAAGCAACACUCGCUCCUAGUCUCACCAGCGCGAGGAGCAGCCACAGCGUCAGCAGAGGAUGAAGUGGUUGCAAUGUCACCAGAGCGGGGAACAGCUGAAACUCCACGUGAGGAAGAAAGGGUUGCAACAUCGUCAGAGCAAGGAGCUGCAACUUCACUAGCAGUAGGAAGGGCGACAAUUUCACCAGUACGAGGUAGGCCUGCAAAGACAGCAGUGCGAUUUAAGUCUCCAGCCUCACCAGAGCAACAAUCGGCUAAAGUAUCACCGCUGCGAGGAACAACUACAACGUCACCAGAUCAAGAAUGGGCUCCCAGAUCACCAGUGGAAGAAAUGGUUGCAAUAUCACCAGAACGAGGAAUGGCUACAUCUUCACCAGAGGAAGAAACGUUUGGAAGCUCACCAGAACGAGAAAGGGCACCGGCUUCUUUAGCACGAGCGAGGGCUUCAACCGUAUCAGCCCGGGAAAGGGCUGCGAUGGCACUGGCGCGAGGAAGGGCUGCAGUUUCAAGAGUGCGAGGAAGGGCUGCAGCCUCGCCACAGCAAGAACUAGUUGCAGCUUCACCAAAGGAAGUCGCUGAUACGAACACGCGAGGACGAGAAAGGAUUGCAAGCUCACGAAUGCAAGUAAUUGCUGCAACCUCAGAGGAUGAAUUGGAUCUACUCUCACCAGUCAAAGUGUGUCGAUACUAUCCAACAGCUGGAUGGUUACAAAGGAUAUGCUACGAGGAAUACAUAUAAAAUAAUAUAGUUGGUCACAUAGCAAAAUUAAUACAACUCUUACUGUGUCAUUAUUGUGAAUGCUAAUGAUAAUUAUAAAAUAAAGCUUAUUAAAACUUCUUGGGAAUAUGCA